AUGUAUUUGAUUAACCUGCUUCGUAUACUUUUGGGAAAUGCUGGUGACUCUGGUUUAGAUGAUUAUAUACGUAAAUUAUUUUUCCUUUCUGGUCAAGAUCAAAAACCAUCCUCCUUGCAUAAUGAUUUAUAUCAACCGAAUGAUUCCCUAUUGACUUUAUUCCAAUUAGCCAGUGGAACAGAUGAUUUAACUGCUUCAGUUGCACUAGAUUUACUCGAUGAACUUGUAAAAAUUCCCAAUCAACAAGAUUCUACCAGUGUCAGUAUACCUCGCGACUUUUUAUUCGUCAAAACUGUUGAAGCACUACGUAAAAUUGGUGAUUCUUCAGAUUCACUGAAAUCAAAAAGUGAUUGCCAUUGGAAUCAACAGUCAAUCUCAGGACGUAUCUUUCGUACACAAUUGUUACUUCGACAUUUAAAACACUUGGUUAGUCUUUUCCAGGUUGAUGCAACAACAGAGCCAACACUAAGUGUAACCGAAUCGGAUAUUCUCUGUCAGAUACCGGUUUUAAGCAACUUUUUAUGUCAGUUAGUGCAUAAUCAUAUGGACAGUAAUCCACUUGUCGGAAUUCUUUUGAAUGAUGAACACGAAAAUCUACGUCUUGAUUGUUCUACAGUACUCACGAAUAAACUGGACGCUGAUCUAUGUCUACUGUCGUGUGCACUGUCAGCUGAAGCAUUAGGCUUAUUAUUUCAAUGCACUGAAUUAUUAUCCUUAUGCGCUCCGAUUACAUCACAAGAUGAUGAAGAAGUAUCACUGACACAGAAUACACCGGAUAAAUUAAAGCACACGGAAAGUAGUGAUAUCAAGUUUACACAGAAUGUUGCUCGUCAAUGUGGUCAUGCUCUACAAUCGCUUCUGGAACGACCUGAAACUCCAGGUUUAUUAGCUUUAUGCUUGACAACAUCUAGUCCAUUUUGUCAAAGUGAUGGUAUCAUGGGAAUGGGAUUACAAACACGUGAUGAUGUCUUUCGACUGUUGAAUGUUGCUCGUCAUGUUGAAAAAUUUGAUAAUGACCGGUUUGUUUUCCUUUUCGACCAGUUAAUAAAUCCCUUUGGUGUCAGUGGAAGUAAAGUGUUAAAGUAUUUGUCAAAUGAAGAAUUGCGCACCAAUACACCAAAGUCACCUUUCCUAUAUAAAUGGUUUCGUUCCCUUGUCACUGGUGGCACCGACAGUCUGAGACAUGUUCAUCGAUCCAGUGACACAAUGCUUAGUAUUGCUGAAUCACCUGGUACAGAAACACUAGAAAGUAAUGUUGACAAGUAUCUAGCUAAUUGGAAAUUAGCUGAAGGCGAUCAGACUCCAGAUGACAUUAAGCUAACUCUGUCAAUGUAUGAGUAUAAAAUUCGUGUACUCCAAUCUCGUGAGAAAAUCUUGGAGAGGAAUGCUGCAGUCAAUGCUGAAGCAUCCGCUAGUGCGCAUAAACUCUGCGAUCAUUAUCGUGAACGGUCGGAAUUAGCUGAAUACGAGGCGAGUAAACUGCGCAUGCUACAAAUGGAAUCAAUUAGUAAUAUACAUAAUUAUAAACGUCAACUUGCUUAUCAAAAAGAACAAUUAGAAAAAUAUGAUGGUAAAAUCGCCCAAUUAACGGAACAGUUAGAAGCUAAGCACAAGUCUUAUGAAGAAUCUGAAUUAAAAGCUGAAACUCUUCAAAACAAGCUAAAGUCAGCUCGUGAACAAAUCAGAUCGAUGGAUUUAACGAUAGACGAUUAUCGAAACCAGUUGAAUCAGGCUCAAAAUCAAAUUCAAGCUCAAACAGCACAAAUUAACAAAUUCACACAAAUCACACGACUUAUUAACGAUUUGACUGGUAAUCCAUCAGCUGAAUUGGGAACUUCUCUAAUGACAACUACUGCAUCUGAUCGGCCUACACCACCGCCGACAACGACAACAAUAACUGAUCCAAUCGCAUCUCAAUCGGUUUGUGACACUGGUCGAAUUACUUCAGUGUCAACGCGUAAGGCAGCAGCCAGUCGAAAUACCCGACACUAA